UCUCUUUAUAAUCAACUCAUCAUGAUUGCCUUGAGAUAGGUCUGAUCAACAUUUUUAUAAAUACCAUUCCUGGUUCUAUGAUUAAAGCUAUCAUGGCUACUCAAAAUCCCCCACAAAUGAUACCGAAUCUUAAGGAUAAGAUCCCGAAGUUAGAGCCGCGUCGUCGACGACCUCCACCAUCAAACCCUCUUCCACCACCAGAAACGCCUGCUUUACCGCCGCCACCAGACCCUUCAUCUCAUUCAUUCCAGGUUCCCACCCGGCGAAUCCUGUCUACCGGGGACCACAAACUCUUUCUCUCAUCACAAACUCACACCCUCAUUCUAGCAUUUGUCUUCGGUCUCGCAGAUGCUGUAGUAGAUACUCCUAUAUCAGCUAUCAAGGAUGACGACUGUAGUCCCAUCAUCAAAUCUAUCAUUGGUGUUCUCGAUGAGGUUGAAGCACUAGUUCUAGCCACCCCUCCCGACGAUGCCGAAGGGUCGCGGUUUGGAAACAAGGUUUUCCGUACCUUUCUUGACAAGGCUAAAACUAUCAGUCCAUCUUGGCAUAAGAAGCUCGGCCUGACAUCUCAAGAUGCUAUCUCAGAGGUCGAGACAUACCUUAACCAGUCUUUUGGCAACCGGACCAGAAUAGACUAUGGCUCAGGUCAUGAAUUGAAUUUCAUAAUAUGGCUAUUGUGCUUAUACCAGCUCCAGAUUGUGAAGAAAGCCGAUUUUAAAGCACUGGUCCUCAAGGUCUUUACCCGGUAUCUAGAGCUUAUGCGAACAAUUCAGUCAACAUACUACCUCGAACCAGCUGGUUCCCACGGCGUUUGGGGUUUGGACGACUACCAAUUUCUACCAUUUCUUUUCGGAGCUAGCCAGCUUCUCCAUCACCCUUUCAUCACCCCAAUGGCGAUACACCAGGAAUUAACCCUAGAAGAAUUUGGCCAUGACUUCAUGUAUCUUGGCCAGGUGGACUUUGUCAACAGCACAAAGACUGUCAAAGGCUUGCGUUGGCAUAGCCCGAUGCUAGACGACAUCUCAUCAGCGAAGAACUGGACCAAGAUCGAAGGCGGCAUGAGAAAGAUGUUUGUCGAAGAGGUGCUCAAGAAAUUGCCAGUGAUGCAACACUUCCUCUUCGGUUCACUGGUGCCUGCUGUGGAGGGUAUGAGCACCGAGUCUGAAGCAGGCAUAUCGAACGAAGAAAAUGAACCUGAAGGUGGAGGCGUAGUUGUCGAGCACGACGGGGUGAAGCACGUGCACAAUGGCAGCAGCUGGGGCGAUUGCUGUGGGAUUAAAGUCCCUAGUGCAAUUGCCGCGGCUCAGGCGAUGCGGAAACAAGGCGCCGGGGAGCUACGCCGGAUACCGUUUGAUUAAGUUCCCCCCGUUGCUCCCAAGAUGAAGACGAUGUUAUGAUAGAACGUAAGGGCAUGGGUCCCUGAUGCCUCAAUAGACUUUCAUGAUUGCGAUGAUUUAUACUGCAAUAUCGAGGUAUAAUAUUUGGUAUCGUAAUCUCAAUUAGUAGUGGUGUUUUGAACGGCAUGUAUAUCAUACAUAUACAUACCUAUGGCAAACUUAACCGGUGGUAUUUACAACCCAGGAACUCAAUCGGAAAGCUACGAAAGCAAUCAAAACUAGGGUCAUAUAUCACAAAGUAGU